CUCAUCAUUUCAUUUGAAAUCUUGAACGGUUAUUUGUCGACACGAAACUAGCUUUUCUAUUAGUCUAAUGUUAAGCCGCGCAUCUUCAAAUAACUCCGCCCCAUAAUUAAAAUGUUGAACGGGAAAAGACGAGACAAAAUUCACUUAUGGAUAUUGAUGAUAUACAGUGAUUCAAUAAAAACAUCAACAAUUCAUCUAUCAAAUAUGAUUUUUGACGCAUGAGGAAGUCCAAGAUUGAUACUAAGAAAGCGUACUUAAAAGCUCAGAAUUAUCAAACAUCCCAAAUGAACGGAUUUAAACAGCGCUAUAACAUACCGUCAUGUCUUGGAUGGUUUUAUUUGCCUUGAUCCUUCCAAAAUCUUUUGCCAAUGAAUUAGGAAAGGUCUGGGGAUACGAUUCACAUCUCGCGCCAGAAUAUUGGGGCAAAUUACACGGCAAGGAAUGGGAUCUAUGCAAAAGCGGUAAACACCAGUCUCCUAUAGAAAUAGAUCCUAGUUUGUUAUUAUUUGAUCCAAACUUAACUAAUCUGCAUAUCAACACAGCUAAUGUUAAUGGGAGAUUGGAAACGAAUGGAUUAGAUAUUACAUUUAGUUUAGACGAAGACACACAACACUUAUUUAAUAUAACCGGAGGUCCGCUCUCAUAUUCGUAUAAAAUUACAGAUUUGAAAUUUCACUAUGGGAUCAAAGGUUAUGCGGGAUCUGAACAUAAAAUUGGAAACAGGACAUUUCCAGCUGAGGUACACAUGAUAGGAUACAACGACGACGUAUAUAAAAGUAAACCUGAAGCAGAGAUUGGUGCUAAAGGAAUAGUAAUUAUAGCUGUUUUUCUAGAGAUUGGAAGCAAACCUAACUAUGCAAUGGACGAAAUUGUAGAUCAUCUCCCUGGCAUGAGAAAAACAGAUUACAAAGAUAUGAACACAGUUUAUGAGAAAUUUAUAACUUCUUGGGAUCUAUCUCACCUCCUACCAAAUACAGAUCAAUAUAUUACAUACGAGGGCUCGUUUACUCAGCCUGGCUGUCAGGAGACUGUCACCUGGAUAAUAUACAAUAAACCAGUAUAUGUAUCAGAAAGCCAGCUUGACUUACUACGAACUCAUGGUAAAGGUGAUUGGAAUUAUAAAAACACACGACCAGUUCAGUCCAUUAAUCAGAGAGCUGUUCGAACGAAUAUAAAUUUUAAAUCAAAGUCUCGAUUUUGCUCAAUGGAGAGAAAAGUGAAUUACAAAGUAAAUUCAUUCCUUGACAGCUGACACUGAACACGGAGAAUUAGCUUCACAACAAUAGGUGCUUUCAUUAAGAAGUCAGAAUCAUACCGGAGUCAACACUAGCUUUUAUAAAAUGGUACACGAAUUUGUUAUACAAGAAGUUUUUGUAGUCUUCCAAGUCUGAUUGAAUGUGAUGAUAAAACACAUAAAUGAUAUUCAGUGAAUAUGACAAAAUAAUGUGAUGAAAAGUAAAAUUUUAACAAUGAUUUAAAACAUCCGCUAGUGUCGUUCAUUUUUUUUACAUUAAGUGAUGAACAAUAGGUAUGUACUCAUCUAUCAUCUGAAUCUAAAUAUAGUUUUUGUACAACAUUUGUGUGCGGGUUCAGACACUUAAAAUGAUGUUUAUUUUGAUUUCACCGAUGUGUUACAUUUAUUGGACAGAACAAACUGUAUAGGUUCAAAAUAUAAUAGCCAAUAUCUGCAUGUAUUUAUAUAUCAAUAACGUUACAAAGUCUAAUGUCAACGAUUUGCAUAAUAAAAAGUUAAUAUUCCAAUUUCAAACAAUAAAUUGUUACAUACUGUAUAUCUUGUACUCGUUGUAUUGUUUUUAACAGAGUUUUAUAUAUUCAACACAUAACUUAAAAAU